AUGUCGCAGGAUUUCACACCUCAAGAGAAGACUGCAGAAAGAAGUUUGAGGAACAUGGAGAAAUACCAUGCCAACAUUGCAAAAGUUGGCAAUGGUAAGUGUGUUGCUCCAGCCGUGAUUAUUGCUGGUAUUAUUUUUCAAGAGUCACAUGCUGGGGCAGUGCUGAAGGAUGGCUGGGGUGACCAUGGAAAUGCAUUUGGUUUACACCUCUGUUUAUGUGUUUCUUUCACUCUUCAUUUCAGGUGGAAUAAUAUAGAAGCUAACAAUGUCCAGAACUACAACGAAAUGGAUACUGGCACAACACACAACUAUGCCAAUAAUGUGGAUGCAAGAGCCAAUUUCUAUAAGAGAAUUGGAUAUUGAGAUCUCUGAAUAAUGAUUAGAGUCACUGAUUCAUAGUUUGCUUCUAAUUAAGAACAACCUGGAUUUC